AUGGAUGUGUCCUAUGCCUCUGAGGGCUACAUCAAUCUGAGAAACAGUAUCAUCACGAGUUCGACUUCCCUAAUCGAACCAAGCAAACGUCCCUCUCUAAAACCAUCGGCGGCUAGACCUCCCAGACUCUAUGGUCUUCCCAAAAUCCAUAAAGAAGGCACGCCGCUACGACCCAUCGUGUCGAUGAUAAACUCUCCUACGUACAAACUAGCCCGUUUUCUAUCAGAUACUCUGCUCCCCUUCACAGGCAAGACCUCUUCGGCAGUACUCAACUCAACCCAAUUAGUCUCUAUGGUUAAGGACAUGGUACUAUCUCCUGAUGACAUCCUCGUCAGCUUUGAUGUAGUAUCUUUGUUCACCAAAGUCCCAGUACCGGACACCCUAACAAUAAUUGAGGACUUAGUCCAACAUGGAUUGAAUUCUGAUGUACCUGCGCUGGUUAGGCAUUGCCUCACCAACACCUAUUUUACCUGGAAUGGCACCUUCUACAAACAGAAUGAGGGUACCCCUAUGGGCUCCCCCUUGUCACCAGUUAUAGCCAACAUGUUCAUGGGAAAGUUUGAAUCAGACGCCAUCCAGACAUCCACCCUGCGUCCUUCCCUGUGGAAGAGGUAUGUGGAUGACACUUUCGUCAUCUGGCCACAUGGCCUCCCAGCAUUGAACCACUUCUUGGACCACAUCAAUUCUAGACACCCAUCCAUCAGAUUCACCAUGGAAGUGGAGAAAGACGGUAAACUACCAUUCUUGGAUAUUCUGUUUGAGAGGAGGCCUGACGGAUCCUUGGGACAUUCUGUCUACAGGAAAGCCACCCACACAGAUUCCUACUUGAAACCGGAUUCGCCCCACCACCCAUUUCAAAAGAAUUCUCUCAUCAAAACGCUAUACCACAGAGCCCAUGGCAUUUCUGACCAACACCACCUGGCCGUUAAAAUCGCCAAAUUUGCGGAGCUCCGCUGCAAAUACAGGAAGAGACGAGAGGUGAGGCAGCGACGAGCUCAGCCUCCCCUGAUUACGCAACCCCUCAGUUACUGGAUGGAGCGCGGGCAAUAA